ACCUCCUCCACUUGGGCCACCCUGUUUGAGAGCUCACCUUAUUCCUCUGCCCUGCAGCUCUAGCUAGACAGAGAGCUCUCUCUUCCAAUUCUCCCUCCCUCCCGAUCCUCCCUCUUUACUAGAAAACCCAACCAUUAAUUAAUUGUAUUACAUAAAGGAGAUCAACGUCAAAAAAGUUAAAGAUGAGCAAUAUAAGCAUGGUGGAGGCAAAGCUGCCACCAGGAUUCCGAUUCCACCCGAAAGAUGAUGAGCUCGUCUGCGAUUAUCUGAUGGGGAAGGUGGUGGUUGCCGACCCCCAGGACUCUCCCCAGCUUAUGAUGAUAGAAGUCGACCUCAACAAGUGUGAGCCUUGGGACAUUCCUGAAAUUGCUUGCGUUGGAGGGAAAGAAUGGUACUUCUAUAGCCAGAGAGACAGGAAAUACGCAACCGGUCUCAGGACGAACAGGGCAACUGCAUCCGGAUACUGGAAAGCUACUGGCAAGGAUAGACCCAUCUAUCGAAAGGCGGCGCUUGUUGGGAUGAGAAAGACUUUGGUGUUCUACCAAGGACGAGCUCCCAAAGGACGAAAGACCGACUGGGUCAUGCAUGAAUUCCGGAUAGAAGGUCCCCUGGGUCCUCCCAAGAUAACAUCUCUCAAGGAAGACUGGGUUCUGUGUCGUGUCUCCUUUAAGAACAGGGAAGUCGCCUCGAAACCGAGCUACUUUGGACUAGACAGAGGCACUCCAUCUGAUCUCCCGCCAUUGAUGGACUCGGCCUACAUUUCAUUUGACUCGAUGAUGGCGACCCAGACCCAGCAACAACCAGCCGGCAACGACGUGACCAGUGAGUACGAUGAUGACGAGCAAGUGCCCUGCUUCUCCAGCAUAUUAUUCUCCCAGUUACCCCACCCGAUCAGCUUCCCGCAGCUCGAGUUCCUAAACGCAGUGCCUACCACCAAGAGCAGUAGUGGUACGACUGACGUUAAUUAUGUCUCAUCAGCACCUCUAGCAGCAGCCUCCUCUUUUAUUGGAUCAUCGAUAUCAUCAUCAUCAUCAUCGGCAAUGGCGGUGGAUCAUCAUCAGUUGGGCUUAGGUGGUUCCUGCAUUUUGGACAGUAGAAAUUAUUAUUACAACAGCAGCAGCAGCAGCAACAACAACAACAAUAGUUAUUCGUCAUCAUCGGACAAGAAGGUGCUGAAGGCUGUGCUGAACCAGCUGACAGAGAUGGAGGCUAAUAGCAUUAAUAAUAAUAAUGUGAGCUUAGGAGACGGAACCAGCUCUGCUGAGAGCUUCAUGUCUGAAGUGGGAAUGCCCGCUACAGCUGCCUGCUCUCAUCAUCAUGAUCUUGUGUGGGCCCAUUACUGAUCCAUCGAAUAAAUAAAUAAAUAAAUAUAUAUAUAUAGUAAUUUAUCUUCCCUUUCUUUCCUUAAUUAUUAAAUUUCCUUAAUAAAUUAAUUAAUCUUCUGAUC